AUGGCGGCCUACUGCUCGGCGGGUCAGAGUUCCGGAGCAGCAAAGCAAAACAACAGUCGGGUGUCGACACCAGUCAGUAGACGCGGUCGGGCGCUGGCGGGCUGGGAAUGGCCAGGCUUUGGCAGGCUCGAGUCCCUGUCGUCGCCUCUAAUGCAAGCCAGACCCCUAAACUCCCUCCUCUCAGCGCCGCCUCUCCACGAGCCCGUCAUUGGCGACAUCAUCACCAACGGCCUGAUCCCGACACCGCCAGUCCGCGGCAAGCAAGGAUGCCGGGAUCGGAGGUCUCUCAUUGGCUCUCUUAGCCGGCUAGCGCGCAACAAGCAGGACCCUGUAGAUCUGUUCCCCUCCAGCACCCCGGCCUGGCGCAAUGCUGAGGGUGGAUCUCUGUGCUGA